GGCCGGGCAGCACCGCCCCGCCCCGGCUGCACCGCGGGGGCUUCGCGGAGCGUUCACCCGGCCGGGCUCCCCCGGCGUAGCCCCGGACGUGGGACCCGCCGCUCUACCCAGGACAAAAGGCGCGGUCUCCUGUGGCGGGGCGGUCUGGCCCAUCGGCGCCUGGUGCUCGGUUGUCUGGCGGUGUUGUCAAGCGCGGGGCAUGGCGGCCGCCGGCGCUGCGGCCAGGGCGGGGGAUGAGGCGGCCGGAGCGGGCUUGGUAGUCAACUGCUCAGGUCAAGGAUUGCAAAAACUGGGUCCAACCUUGCCCUGUGAUGCUGAUACCCAGACUCUGAUUCUGGACAAAAACCAGAUAAUUAAAUUGGAACACUUGGAGAAAUGCAGGAAUCUGAUGCAGCUCUCUGUAGCCAACAAUCGUCUGGUGCGAAUGAUGGGGGUAGCAAAACUGACCAAGCUCCGAGUGCUCAACUUGCCUCAUAAUAGUAUUGGGUAUGUGGAAGGGCUGAAGGAUUUGGUGCACCUGGAAUGGCUGAAUUUGGCAGGAAAUAACCUUAAGGCCAUUGAACAAAUCAAUUCCUGUCUGUCUCUUCAGCAUCUUGAUCUGUCGGACAACAACAUAGCUCAAUUAAGCGAUCUCUCCAAGCUUACCUCGCUGAAGACCCUGUUGCUACAUGGAAAUAUUAUAACUUCACUUCGCACUGCCCCAGUUUGCCUACCUCAGAGUUUGACUGUUAUUUCUUUGGCAGAAAAUGAAAUCAGAGAUUUAAAUGAGGUUUCUUUCCUGGCCCCUCUUCGCCAAUUGGAACAGCUGUCAGUUAUGAACAAUCCUUGUGUGAUGGCCACACCUUCUGUCCCUGGCUUUGACUACAGGCCUUAUAUUGUCAGCUGGUGUCUGAACCUUAAAGUCCUUGAUGGAUAUGUGAUUUCUCAGAAGGAAAGUUUGAAAGCAGAAUGGCUCUACAGUCAAGGGAAAGGAAGGUCAUAUCGACCUGGGCAGCAUGUUCAGCUAGUUCAGUACUUGGCUACUGUUUGUCCUCUCAUAUCUGCAUAUGGGCUCCAGACUGAAGAGGAUGCCAAACUGGAAAAAAUACUGAGUAAGCAAAGACUCCACCAGAGGCAGUUGAUGCAUGAAAACCAAAAUGAGGAACCACCUACAUCUUCUGCUCCCAGCAAAACAGUGCCAGUUGCUCAUGAAUACAGUGGCCUGGCCCAGCCAUCACAGAUAGUUCUUGAAAAGGAACCUGUCAUCCAGAGGAAUUCUUGGGUUGGACCAAGUGCAAACAAUGAUCAUUCCUGUGCAGUAAAGAACACUUUUCCUCGUGAAAGAAGCUUUCCCAAGGAGCUACACCUUGAAGAUGUACAGACAGAUGAAGACAAACUAAACAGCAGCCUUUUAUCCUCAGAGUCUACUUUUAUGCCAGUUGCUUCAGGAUUGUCUCCAGUGUCUCCUGCUUCAGACGUGAAGCUACAUGGAAUCAAUUUGGGCCAAGAAGAUGAUGAUGAUACAGUGAUUGAAUGUGUGAGAGAUGUUAAUAGUAGUAGAGAAACAACUAACAAGCAAGAAGCUUUGUCUGUUAUGGGAGAGCACCCUAACAGAGCAGCAGGAAGUGUGGAAACACAAGAGAAUAUCAAAGAGAUGCCACAGGUGCCUGCUCCUGAUCGCGGAACAGCUGGCCUGGCUGCAAAGACUGGCAACUCUUUAAAGGCCUCUGAAAGCCAAGUUCUGCACAGUCACCCCAGCACCUCAUCAGCUGCUGAAUCAGGAGUAAAAACUCUUUGUCCUGACCAGAUGACAGAAGAAAGGUCUGGUUCAUUGGCUGUGCAAGGUGCAGCACCAGCUGAUCAAGGUGCAGCUGAACUGCAAAGGAUGACUGAAGCAGCUACCAACCUUCAAGCUUCCUGGAGAGGAUUUUACACGAGGAACUACCAUCCUCGAGCCAAGGAAGUGCGGAAUGAAAUUCGACUAAACAGAAUGCAGGAACACAUCAUUUGCUUAACUGCUGAAAUAGAAAAACUAAGAAAAGAAAGAGAGGAAGAUAAAAUGCAGAGGCUUGUACAGGAGGAAGCUGUCAAAUUUCUUUGGAACCAGGUUAAAUCCCUUCAACAAUGGCAGCUUUCAGUGAUGCAAAAUUUAGGUGGUGCUGCGAUCCCUUCAGCCGGUACUUCAUGUUCCUUCAAACCACCUAUUCAGUCAUCCACAGUGGAGCAAGAAACCCCACCAGGUGUUAGUUCUGCUUUGUUAGUUCCAGCUAGUGAGGAUGAUCUUCCAGAAAAGUCUUCAUUGCAGUUCCCAGAUUCUGGUUUUCAUUCUUCUGCGGCUGAUCAGACUCGUGCCAGUGACCUGUGUAGCUCUGAAAGGAGUUUAGCUGAAGAAACUGAGAGCUCCCUUUCAAUGGAAACCAUCAAACAAUGUGGCAAGUCUGUUUCAGCAUGUUCUUCAGAUGUAGAGGAUGGCCCUGGGGAGUGUGGGCAAAGUAAAGAGAGCUCUAGUAAUGAGCAGGACAAUGGACUGAUACAGCAGUAUUUGAAAUCUGUUCAGCAGCUGGAAGAGGCUGAUGAAGAGACAGAUUGCAAUGAGGAAAUGGAGGGCAGCUGUCUACAAAUUGCUGUGUCAGCAGAAAGCCAAGAUUCUUCCUCUGACACCGUCUCUGUAGAGCUCCCUCAAGAUACAUCUUCCCCUGUCCAAGGUGAAAUGUGUCAGACACCACCAGAAAGCUACAAACUGAAUUCAGGAAUAGAAGGGAAGCAAACAGACCAUGAUUCUUCGUUUCAGAUGCUGCAUGUUGGGAUAGCUGUAUAAUGGGCUUAUUUCCACAAAGGACUAGGGAUUCCAUUUCACUUUCCUUUCUCUUUCUUUUUCCUGUUUGUACAAAACUUAUUUUUAAUGUGUGCUGUUUCAGAUUUUGACUCAUGUUAACAAUUUAUGUUGUAAUUACUAUUUUACUGAUGUUGCUGAGGAUUGACACUAACUAUGCUAAAAUCAGCGAAGUUCUCAGUGACAAUCAUUAUGCACUUUAUUUGCAAACAUAAAACUGGUAUCUUAAUGACUGGCCUCCAUUAAAUGAAUUCUGAAGAUUGGGGGGUGGAUAUGGCAGUGGUGGUAAUGUUUGCUGUAAAUUCGCUUUGGUGACUGUUAGUAAGUAUUUGGUUUUUUUCCUACAAAGAAGGAUUAAGUUCUUAUUUUGCAAAGAGAAGCAAACAAUAUGGGAAGAAAUGGAGUCAAUACAGGCAGUGUAUCCUGUCAUAGGCAGAAUACAGCCUGCUGAGAAAGAUGAAAAUUCAGACUUCUUUUGACUUUAACAAGAGUAGCUUGGUCAGUGUAUCAAAGAUGCAUUCCAGAAAACCAGUGUCUGAGUCAGUGACUUUUUUGUAAAUAACUUGAAGCUGCUGGCGAGGAAUUAGGUCAUUUACAUACACACUGAAAUAAGGACUUACAGGAGAGAGGCCUCAGGCAGCUUCAAACAAGCCUUGACCUUUGUUUGCCCUGGGAUUGAAUUUCCCUGCUUUCUCAGGUAAGACUCAAAAUGGGACCAGUAGCAGCCAGGAGUAAAUAAGAAUUUCCGAAGAGCAUGUGAUUUGGGAACAUCAUUUCCAAGGCUACACUGCUGGGUUACAGCAGGGGAGUUGAUGGUGUAUGUUUUCCUCAACAAGGAUGCUAAUGUCCUUGUGCGGUUUGGAUUUGCAUGGCUUUCGAGACAAUAGUGAGUUUGAUGGAUCACAACUACUUCUACCUACAGGUAUAAAUACUAAAAGUAAAUGCCAUGACUUAAAACUAUUUCCUCAUAUCUCUGUUGGGUUUUUUGGUUGGUUUUUUUCCCCUGUAUCUCCAGUGUUUGACAUUUUAAUUAGAUGUGGAUAAAAAGUUGUAUUUCUUCCCUGUUAGGAAAUAUGCUGAGAUACCUGACCCUUUCCCAUUAAAAAACCCAACAUAGCAAUGGCUAGGCAAGAUAAACACUGGGGAAGCAGCAGGAAAGUGGAAAGCAUAGUCUAGGUAUCUUAGUAUACUUCAACAGUGACAAGGGAAAUCUAUUUUGCCAUGUGAUUUGUGAUGGACACUAGUGAAAUAAAAGUUGAUGUUGUGAUUUACAGGGGUCAGUUGCGUUUGCUGAUGCUGCAUUUUGCAAUGUGUACUGGGAGGCCGGUGUUGCAGUAGUUUGCUGUUUACUUCUCAGUUACAAAGACACAGGCUUAUCAUAAUUCUCUGGAUCCACAGGUUAACUUCUGGUGCUAUGGUGUCACUAAAACCAACUAGCGCUCUUUUAAUGCGACUCCGAUGGCCACGUUACCGUGUGAAAUAAUUUGGGUUUUGUGAAAGCUUUGGUUGCAUGUCUGCUUUAGGUUCCGAGCUGAAAUUUACCACUACUCAGGAGUUUGGUAUGAGGCCAGUAUCUUCUUGAGGCCUCAGAAUACCCUUUAUUUAGAACAUAAAUGGUGUAUUGGACUUGUACCAGCCACAUUCCCAGUGGUGAAGUUCAUCUUGGAAGAAUAAAGCUUGCUUCUGUGUAUAGAGUAGCCAUGAUCUCUUUUUCUCCCACCCCAAAAAAGUUCUAGAGCACCAACUUUUCCAAAGAGCUGUCUCUGCAGUCAGGCUGACCUUUGGCUGUGCCUUGCAUACAUGGGAGCAUUAAAGAAAACCCAGAACAGCUGAGGUGGUAGGUUCUUAAUGUGCUGUCUUUCUAACUGAAUGUGGUUACAGCACAUUUGUAGCAUGACCAUAUUCAUAAUUAGAUCUUGGAGCACAGUUGUGCUUGGGUAUUGAAAAUGGUACAGGUGCAUUAAUGUAUCACAACAUCUGAUUACCUGGGCAAAGCAGUGUGUAGUCCACAUGAUCAUACCCUUGUCCUCUGAAGGUUCUGAACUUGGCUUUAAAUCUGCCAUGCUUGGGGAUCUGCAGUUCAUAGGACUCAGCUCUUUGAUUGUCAAUAUCUUAUGUAAAACCCCCCAAACUUCAGAGAUUUUCUCUGAAUUUUGAGAGAGGAAUUAUUUCAGUCUAUGAAGCAGUUGUUGGAUCUUACACUGUGGAAGCAGUGGUCAGGUGUAACAAUGCAGUAAGUUCUCUUUCGUGGGAGACUGCUUUAUUGCAAGACCUGGGAGGAACUAGACCACUGCCUGAAUAACAAGGUUUCACUUACUGAGGACACUGAGGGAGCAUACAUAUUCUGCUGUUUUCUAUUGUCACUUUUGCUGCACAGUUAGAGGUGAAACAACUAAUUUUGGAGGCAUCAAAGGGGGAAAACUUGGUGAAAGUAAAUUUUUUAUGGAAGCCCUAGAUGUUUCUUGACAUUUCCUUUGUUAUUAGGACUUGCAAGCACAAAGACAAGGCAACUUAUUUUAACUAAUGCCUGGGUCAGCUGUUGUCCUUAUUAAUGUGUAACCUAUAUAUCCAAAAGUGGUUUUAUGUAGGUACAGCAAAGCAUGUACCACCAAAUAGUCAGCUUUAUCUUACUUUUUUGGGCAAACUGUGAAAUACUAGAAAGUUUUUUUUUCUAACAUUCUGAAAAGUUUUGCAUGUGUAGAAGAUGAGUUGCCUAAAUAUAGAGAAAUCAAAGAAUGGUGAAGUUUUGGAUUAGGUUUUACAGGGCUAAAUGUAAUUAGUUUGUAUAUACAGAAAAUAUUUUAAUCCUGACCAUUAAAAUACAUACAAGGAAAGACAUAAUGACGGAUACAGUGGAAAAGUAAGGAAUAAAACUGGAUAUAUACUUAAAAUUGUCUUCUUUUCAGCCCUGUUUUGAGCUCUCAAAGAAUCAUGAUGUGGAAAUAUCAUAGUUUAAUAUAUGGCUUAGCAUUUACUCAUCUUUGUUUAGAUAAAUUUCCAUAAUCUAGGUAUGUAAUAUUCUUUUACCUGGAUAGGGAUGCACAGUUUCCUUUGGAGAUGAUGGAAAUUUCAUAAAAGAAUUGGAAGGCCUAAAAUAUAUCUGAAACUUUCCUGUGUUAAUAUUGUAUUCUUUCCUUUUGCAAGGCUUCAUGUUCAGCAGAAGAAUGUACUUUGUAGAAGAAAAGCUUAUCUCUUGUGUUUUGUCCUGGGCUAAUCCUCCAGUGUUAGUGGGAGAGAGAACUUGGUUAUUUGCCGGGUAAUGUUGCCAGCUCUGUUGUGAGUACAAUUCAAAUGCUUCUUUAAUUUGCUUCAGAAAAAUCAGAUAAAUAUAGCUCGGACUAUUUAAAUUGUACCACACAAGUAGUUUUGCCCCAAAUGAGAUAGCUGGCACAUGCAAGCCUAUUUUCAGCUACUCUGUGGCAGAAAUGACUCUUCUGCCUUUUUCUCUGAAGGCUGGGACAAGUGGGUCUAUAUACCAUAAAGCAAGAAGGCAUUAAGACUGCAAAUUUUAUUUUACUGUUUCUGAACCACAAAUGUCCUUCAGCAAAUACUUGAGAAAGUCCUUGCUAAACUAAAUUGUAGAAGCCUAGCAGUUGUUGUUAGUUAAGUUUCUUAAACAACCGUAGGUUCUACUAUUUGCAUGCCGCAGUUUAAAUAAUGCACUUAGCAGCCAGUCUCUAUAUAAAAAAAAAAGGGUUUUUUUUUUCUGAAUAAUGUUUGUAUUUGAGCUUGCAAAUUGUUCCUGUUUUUUUAUGAAUUUGUAUAUAUUGUCUGAACAAUUCUAAUUUUUGUUUCUACUUGUAGCAGGUUAUUUGAUGAGCAAAAAUGGAAUAUAUGUUCCUUUGAGAUUACCUGGGUAAUUUUUACUGAAUUUGAUGUUCUAGUGUGUCUCACACAGAUACACUUUCUCCUGAGAGGAUAGAAUUGUAGCAGUUAGUGGAGACUGACUGAUGACAAUAAAAUGUAUAAACUGGUUAGUUCCCCAGCUAAUAGAAAAGACACUUCUUCUUUUUCCUCCCCUUAUAUUAACUUCCCCCCCACUCCCCCCUUGAGGACUGUGCCACCCAAAUAAGUAUGCAUCAAGUAUUCAUAAAGUCUUUCAAAAUGUCUUCUUUUAAUAGUUACACUCUUUUUUUCCCCCAGAUUGGCUUUCUAGGACAAGUUACUGAGAAACACUUUCUGUAUGCCUGCCAAAAAGUUGUGACUUUGUCUAUUUUUAAAUGUUUUCUUUGUCAGUAAUGGAAAAAACACAGGAUCCCUUUCUUGCAAAAACAUAAGCCAGUAUUUAUCAGGAAAGGUGCUUUAUCUCUUGGAAAGUGCCGUGCCAAAUUUUAUUGUACAAGAGCUCUCAGUAAGAAUCUUUUUUUUCUGGCUUCAUUACAUUUAUAAGUAUAUGGGCCAAAUUAAUUUGUAGCAUAAUUCUACUGAAUUAAAUUUUUUUGGAGACUUUCACAGGAGUAUUCUACCUCUAAACUAGAAUUUGAGAAAAAAAGAACAAUUGGGUAUUGAUUUGUCUUUCUAUUUCUUGCUGUUUUCUGUGAAGAAUGGUGGGUGGUUAAAUUGGUACAGUUCAUAUAUUUUCUAUAAGUGUUUACAUUUUGGAUUUAUUGUUUCUUAAGUAUUUUGUUUGUAUCUCUGAGUUUUGAAUUUUAAAUAAAUGAUUUGUACAUUUAUUGAAAA